AUGCGGGUCAGGAUGAUUUCGGCUGCCUCCGUCCUCGUCCUGCUCUUCCUUCCCUCGGAGACCUGCUCGUCCCUGCAGUGGCCCUGGGCCCCAUCCCGCAGGCUGACCCUGGCCCCCCAGCCCACCUGGGAGUCCUGGCCGGGAACCUCGCGACCCCUGGUCCCCUCUGCAGGCCCAGUGCCCCAAAGACUGUGCCACCUCCGUGGGCCAGAGCCCACCCCGGCCCCCCGUACCCGCCGGGGGCUUCCAAGCGGGAAGAGGCGAGAGGGGAAACCCAACUCGUUGGAUCUCACCUUCCACCUCCUGCGCGAGUUCCUGGAGAUGUCCCGGGAGGAGAGACUGGCCCAGAAGGCUCUCAGCAAUAAGCUCUUGCUGCAGAGUAUAGGGAAAUGA